AUGAAAAUCCUCAACGCAUUUCUAAUCCUAGCUAUCUUCAGAAUAGCCUUUACCAUUACUAUCGCGGCUAAAGUUGACGCUGAUUGCAAAGUUAAGACAGGUCUGGGCCAAGCCCUCACAGGGCAUAGUUUCUCAAGUUUUACUGUGAAAGACUUUCAGGAUUGCUACCAAGAAUGUAAAGCCAAUGAACCAAAAUGUCGUAGUAUGAAUUACAAUGGUGACCACAAACGCUGCGAGCUCAAUAACGCAACUGAGACAUCGCAUCCGCAAGAUUUGAAGGAAGUCCCUAUGUCUGUAUAUUUUGAGAGCCGUCAUCGAGUAUCUGCAGGCUCUCAACGUCAUGUCGCUGGUAAAACAUGUCAGGAAAUCUUAUCAAGAGAGGAGUCUGCAAGCGAUGGAUUCUAUUGGCUGAAUUCAAAUGAUACAGAGGAUCCAUAUGUUUCCUUCUGUAACAUGACAAAUGGAGGCGACAUCAGUGCAUCGUAUGACUUGAUAUUUCUGGACCGUAACACAACGAACUUCGUGGAACUGAAUACCUCUUUACCAGACCUCUCCGCCUUCACAGUAUGCUUUUGGUUCAGAGCCUGGGCGCGACAGUUGGUUUUUUUGUCCUAUGCCACCGGCAACAUGACCGAUGCUAUAAUGAUGUUUCUUUCUGAAACCGGAUUAUUUCGAUUCUUGGUGCUCAAUAAGCAAACGCACAGUCAUACCGGUACCUAUAAUGAUAGAGUGUGGCAUCAAAUGUGUGGCAAAUGGACGGACAGUGAUGGUUUUGUGCACCUGUUUGUAGACGGAGAGCUUCAGAUACGCGGUGACACAACAAUUCAUGGAGUCAUUCCUGGCACUGGAAAAUUAAUUCUGGGCCAAGAUCAGGAUACUUUUGGAGGUGCUUUUGAUAGAGAGCAGAGUUUUGUUGGUGAGAUGAGCCACCUGUAUCUCUGGAACACUGAUUUAGAGGACAGCGUAAUAAAAAGCUUGAGCAUGCACUGCAAAGAGUAUCCGCAUCCAGGUUACAUCUUGAGGUGGUCCGAUUUUUCGACGGGGAUAAACGGCAAUAUUACGAAACGUGACAAUUCGAGAUGUGUUACAAAGCAAGAUGUUUUGCUUUAGAACGAGCCUUGAAAAGGAAAAGGUUCGUGGCCUGUGAAGGUUUUGUAUUGCUUAUUUCAAAACAUUAUAGAGUCACAAAGAAAUACAUUUAGGUGGAAGAAAACC